AGUGUAGCAUAUAAAUAAGGAUGGAAUAAAGAGCAUUGGGAAAACUAUUGGCUUUUUUUUAUUUUGAUCUUCCUCGAAAUUAAUUCACUUUCUCCAAUGGAGAAACUGCCUGGCUCUAUCGCGUCCCAGACCUCCACCGCCACCACGCCUCAGCCACAGACGACUGAUACCACCCCUUCACCACCGCCACCAUCGCCAGACUCAAAAUAUCCGGAUUCGCAGCUCGAAACCCUAUGCAAGACGAUGUGCGGCAAGGGACUUCGAAGUUACAUAGUAUCGCAACUCCCUCAGAAAAACAAACUGCGCGAAGAACUCCCAAAGGCUUUGAAACUUGCAUCCAAUGCAGCAAAGCUUGUACUUAGCUGUAUAGGUGACUUCUUUGCCAAAAGGGGCAAAGCUUUUGAUAAGGAUGCCCAGAUGAUUUCGAUGAAGGAAGCAUCUGCAUUGGUUUUGGAGUGUUUAUUGUUGAUGGGAUUCGAUGAAAUUGAUGAAGGUGUGAAGGAAGAAGCUGCACAAGCAGCGGUGAUAUGGAGAAGAAGGUUGGUUGAUGAACGAGGCAUAAGAAAAGCUAGUGCAAUGGAUGCGCGGGGAUUACUAUUGCUUAUUGGGUGUUUUGGGAUUCCUCAAGUGUUUUAUAGUGAGGAUGUUAGAGAUUUGAUUCAGGUGAGUAAUAUCAGGGAGAUUUCUAAUGCACUCAGGAGAUCAAAUGUGCUUAUUGAAAAGAUUCCAGAAAUAAUAGACGGCAUGGUGAAGCAUAAGAUGGAAGUUGAUGCUGUAGAUGUUGCUUUUACUUUUGGAGUUGAGGAAAAAUGUAGCCCUUGUGAAAUUUUGUCAUCGUUUUUAGAAGAACUAAAAGAAUCGCUGAAGCAAAAGAAAUGGAAAUCACAUGGUUCACAUGCUGUUGUGAAUGAAGCAAACAAGAGGGAAUUGUCUACUAUGAAAUCUGUCAUUGAAUGUUUGGAAGCCCAUAACAUUGAUCCCACGAAGCUUAUUCCACGAUUCCGUAUCAGCGACAGAAUUAUGAGCUUGGAGGAAAAAAUUGCUAGGAAUGAUCGGAGAAGGGAGAAGAUGGUGCAAAAUCGGAAAUUUGAUGAAACUGGGUUUGCUAGAAGGUUUGAAGAGAGACAAGCAAAACGCAUACGUAUACUAGGUUCAGAGCAUCAAAGAGCAGUUGAUGAAUUCAGUAAACAGAGACCCUUGCCAGCAGGUGGAACUGCUGGCCACAUUUAUGGUUAUUCUGUAUCACCAUCAGUAUUGCCUGGACCUGUUGCAGGUCCGAUUCCUGAUAUUGUAACUAGCUCACUAGCAGCAAGUCGGAGAGGUAUGACUAUGGAUGGAGUUAGUUCAGGCAUAACAACAGGCACAAAUAAUAAUCUACAAGCUGGCUCAUAUACUGGAUUUCAUGGGAGGAUGCCAAUUGAGGAUGAAACUGGGCACAUAAGAAGUUACAAUCAUCAGUUAUAUGGAUGGCAAGGGAAUGCAUUCAUGCAUGAGAGGGCGGUCUCUCACAACUAUGGAUACAGGUCAUCACCACCGUGGCAAGGCUCUAUGGGGUUGCCAAACCCCGUUCCUGUUGGCCGUGGUAACCAGACUGCUGCUUCUUAUCCUUAUCAGCUGGCUAGUACUGUUCCACGAAGUGUGCCAUAUCAGCACAGUGGUUCUUAUGCAGUAGGUGGUGUUCCCUCUAUUGACCAUCAUUCAUCCAACUUAUACCCAGGGACAUAUUAUCCCCAAGGCAUGCAGUAACGUCUACUUUUUAGUUUCUCUAGUAGUAAAUGCUUUGAAGUUGAAAACCUUUGUGGGUGUAAAUUAUACAGUUUAAAUGUGGUAUUAAGGGCAUAUGAUUCAUGUGUUGCUUGCCUA